AUGGCACCGAUUCAGGCGGAGAAGAUCGAGAAACCUCUUGUAAGCUCUUCCAGCGAAGAGGAAGAGUCAUCUAGUUCUUCUGAGUCUUCUGGGGAAGAGUCGUCAUCCGACGACGAUGGAGAAAUGCUCUCCAAGCUCACUCAGAAAUCUCUUGCUCCAGUUGCUGCGGAGAAGCCUGAAUCCGACUCCGAAAUGAGCGGAUCUGAAUCUGACUCCGACUCCGAUGCAGAACCUGCGGAGAAGAAGACGACGAAGCCACUCAACACUGUUCCGACAAAGAAAAAUCCAGAGACGCCUGAAUCCGACUCCGUGAGCGAGUCUGAAUCUGAUUCCGACUCCGAUGCAGAACCCGUGGAGAAGAAGACGACGACGAAGCCUCUCAACAGUGUUCCGACAAAGACGAAGCCAGUGACUUCGGGAUCUGCUGUUGCUCUUCCAGAGAGCUCAACGGCGAAGCGUUCUCUGAAGCAAACAGAGGAAGCGGCUAAGAAGAAGAUGAAGAUGACGAGCACCGCCGAGCAUGUGAAGAAGAAGGCGGCGGCGGCAACGGAUGAAAAAGUGAAGAAGAAGAUCUCUGGAGACGAAGCAAAGAAGAUGUUCCAGAGAUUGUUCAGCGAGACGGACGAAGUGGCAAUGCUCCAAGGCGUUCUCGACUUCAAAUCUACACGAGGAGAUCCUUAUGAGAAAACGAAUGAUUUUUGCGUCUACAUCAAGCCAUUGAUUGGUUUCAAUGCUACCACCUCACAAAUCACUACGAAGCUCCAGAGGAGUAAGAAGAAGUUCUUAAACAUGGUGAAGAACUCACUUAAAAAGGGAAAAGCUGAAGACGAGAUCACAUUCUCCAAGGAUGUGGACCAACACUUUUUUGAUUUGUCAAGAAAGAUUUGGGGAGCUGAUGGGAUUUUUCCUGCAAAUCCAAGGAAGAAGUCACCACCACAUGCUUCGCAGUCUCAUGUUGUGAACACUCAUCUCUCGUCCUCUAGUAGAGAGAUUGCCUUGUUCUUCAAGGCAGAGAAUCCGAGUGUUGUUAGUUUGGAUGAGUCCAGGAUAGCUGCGGCUUGGGAUUUGGUUGAGGAUGGACCGAAGAAGAGAGAAAUGGAGGAGAAAAUGGAGAAGCUAAAGGCAAUGAAGGCGGAGCUGUGUUUGCAGAGGAGUGGACUCGUGGACAGCACUGCAAGGAUGGUGUUCAAAGAGAAUUAA